CCCCGCCCUCGCGUCCCUUCCUUCCCGGGGCUGGCGGGCGGGCCGCGGCGUCUGCGGGCGGCGGACGGGCGGGUGCCUCCGGCUCGCUCCCUCCCUCGCUGCCGGCUUCCUUUUGUUUUUCCGGACGGCGAUGAGCUCCGGGCCGGUGCGGCGGCUGCGGGCGCGAGGAGGCCCGCGCUCCUAGCCACCCUUCCCGGCCUCAGCGCGCUCGUCCCGGGCGGCGGCCGGCGCCCACCCCCGCGCGGCGGCGCCCAACUUGGGCUCGGGAAGCCGGGGACGCGUCCUGCCCUGGAGCAGGGCAUGGUCUAGUGGCCCCUGAGGACGGAACCAGCCCCGCGGCUCCGAGCCCCGCUCUGUCUCCACCUCCGCUGCCUCGGGUGUAGCCGCCGGCCGCCAUGGGCAAGCAGAACAGCAAGCUGCGGCCCGAGGUGCUGCAGGACCUGCGGGAGAACACGGAGUUCACCGACCACGAGCUGCAGGAGUGGUACAAGGGCUUCCUCAAGGACUGCCCCACCGGCCACCUGACCGUGGACGAGUUCAAGAAGAUCUACGCCAACUUCUUCCCCUACGGCGACGCCUCCAAGUUCGCCGAGCACGUCUUCCGCACCUUCGACACCAACGGCGACGGCACCAUCGACUUCCGGGAGUUCAUCAUCGCGCUGAGCGUCACCUCCCGGGGCAAGCUGGAGCAGAAGCUCAAGUGGGCCUUCAGCAUGUACGACCUGGACGGCAACGGCUACAUCAGCCGCAGCGAGAUGCUGGAGAUCGUGCAGGCCAUUUACAAGAUGGUGUCCUCGGUGAUGAAGAUGCCCGAGGACGAGUCCACCCCGGAGAAGCGGACGGACAAGAUCUUCAGGCAGAUGGACACCAACAACGACGGCAAGCUGUCCCUGGAGGAGUUCAUCAAAGGUGCCAAGAGCGACCCGUCCAUCGUGCGGCUGCUGCAGUGCGACCCCAGCAGCGCCAGCCAGUUCUGAGCCGGCGCCCGGCGGCGGGAGCGCCCGACGGGGCGGCGCGGGCUUCACCGUUACGCUUUGCUCGCAGAAGCGGAUGCCUCCUCCAUCAUCCCUGCUACCCCGGCCGGGCCAGGUGACCCCGCACUCACCUGUCCCCCUGCAGCCGCGCCCCCUCCGCCGGCCUCCCCCACCUCCCGCCUCCCAGGGAGCCGGGACCCCGCGGGCGCCGUGGGCUCAGAGGUGGCGCCGGCGGCGGUGUCGUGGCUGCAGGUGACGGGAGGGGACAGGAGCGGCGAGGAGGGCGGCCUCCCGUGCAUGGCAGCACCCCGCUCGUCUUCUCCGCCAAAGCCACGCGCAGUCCGUGUGCUGCGGUCCUCCCGUCGUGUGUAAAUUACCCGUGUUUGAUGUGAAGUGUCACGUGUAGGUCCCGUAUUUAAUGCCUCUGAGGCGUGGCUCCCUCGUGGCCUGUGGUCUCCCAGCCGGUUCCUUGUGGUGUUCACGCCAGCCUGCCCGUGUCCGAGGACAUGCAUGCGCGUCCGCUGCGGGAGGCCCCCAAGAACGCAGGGUCUGUGAGGGUGUCCGUGGCCGGCCCGGCGUUUCCUGUAUUAAAAUGAUCCAAUAAACAGCA